UUAUGUUUCGCCUCUAUGAUACUGAUGGAAAUGGCCUCCUGGACAGCUCGGAGCUGGAUCGUAUCAUCAACCAGAUGGUGCACGUGGCCGAGUACCUGGAGUGGGAUUCCACCGAGCUGAAGCCUAUCUUGAAGGCGAUGAUGGAGGAGAUCGACUAUGACCAUGAUGGAACUGUGACACUGGAGGAGUGGAUCCGAGGCGGCAUGACCACCAUCCCCUUGCUGGUGCUCCUGGGAAUGGAGACGAACGUGAAGGAUGACGGGCAGCAUGCCUGGAGGCUGAAGCACUUCAAGAAACCCGCCUACUGCAACUUCUGCCGCACCAUGCUGCUGGGGGUCCGCAAGCAGGGCCUCUGCUGCUCCUUCUGCAAGUACACUGUCCAUGAGAGGUGUGUGUCCAAAGACAUUGCCUCCUGCAUCAGCACCUACGUGAAAUCCAAGAGAAACACAAGUGUGAUGCAGCACACCUGGAUCGAGGGCAAUUCCCCCAUCAAAUGUGACAGAUGCCACAAGAGCAUCAAGUGCUACCAGGGCAUCACCGGCCUGCACUGCGUCUGGUGCCAAGUCACUCUCCACAACAAAUGUGCCUCCUACGUGAAGCCAGAGUGUGAUGGGGGCCCGCUGCGGGACCAUAUCUUGCUGCCUUCCUACAUCUGCCCCGUUGUCCUGGACAGGCAAUCCCACUGCCGGAGAUCGGAGGGCGACUCCCCUGCCAGCACCAGCCCUGAGGACAACCAGGGCUUCAAGUUCAAUUCCACCACCGUGGAUGGUCAAGGACUGCAGAUCAGCCCCCGGCCUGGGACACACCCCCUCCUGGUGUUUGUGAACCCCAAGAGCGGAGGAAGGCAGGGGGAGCGGGUCCUUCGGAAAUUUCACUACCUGCUCAAUCCACGCCAAGUGUACAACCUGGACCGCGGCGGGCCCGCACCGGGGCUGAGCUUCUUUCGGGACACUCCAGAUUUCCGUGUCCUGGCCUGUGGAGGGGAUGGCACGGUGGGCUGGAUCCUGGACUGCAUAGACAAGGCGAACUUGGUGAAGCACCCGCCAGUGGCUGUCCUUGCCCUUGACAAUGACCUGGCCCGGGGCCUGCUCUGGGGUGGAGGCUAUGAAGGGGGCAACCUGAUGAAGGUCCUGAAAGACAUCGAGCACAGCACAGAGGUGAUGCUGGACCGCUGGCAGAUGGACAUCAUUCCCAGUGACAGAGAGACCAACGGAGACCCUGUCCCAUCCACCAUCAUCAACAACUACUUCUCCAUUGGGGUGGACGCCUCUAUUGCCCAUCGCUUCCAUGUCAUGCGAGAAAAGCACCCUGAGAAAUUCAACAGCAGGAUGAAGAACAAGCUGUGGUACUUUGAAUUCGGGACAUCAGAGACCUUUGCAGCCACCUGCAAGAAGCUCCAUGACUACAUCGAGGUGGAGUGCGACGGGACCCUGCUAGACCUGAGCAACACGUCCCUGGAGGGCAUCGCCGUCCUCAACAUCCCCAGCAUGUAUGGCGGCUCCAAUCUCUGGGGCGAGACCAAGAAGCAGCGCAGUUACAACCGGCUGGGCAAGAAAGCGCCAGAGAAGCUGCACGCCACGGUGGUCACUGACACCAAGGAGCUCAAGUUCUGUGUGCAGGACCUCAGCGAUCACCUCCUGGAGGUGGUGGGGCUGGAGGGCGCGAUGGAGAUGGGGCAGAUCUACACGGGGCUGAAGAGCGCUGGGAAGAGACUGGCCCAGUGUUCGUCUGUUACCAUCAGGACGUCCAAGCUGCUGCCCAUGCAGGUGGACGGGGAGCCCUGGAUGCAGCCGUCCUGCACUGUAAAAAUUACACAUAAAAGCCAAGUGCCGAUGCUGCUGGGCCCCCCCCAGAAGAGCAGCUUCUUUUUCCUGAAGAGGAGAAACAAAACUCGAGAUUAA